AUGCGUAGACGCACGGCGCACUGGGCGCUUCGAGAAUUGCCGCGCAAGAAGCUGGGCUACACCCAAUUCUUCCUGUCAGUGUCGCUCGGUGGCCGUUACUACACCCCUACGAAAGGAGAGAAGCACACCUUCCUGUCCCGCAAUGGUUACCUCGUCGACGAGCAGUUCCUCAUCGACAUUGGUCAGAUCUGCAAGAGCCAGGACUGGGUGUGGGCUUUUCGUAACGAUACUCCCAUUGGCAGCUAUUACGACAACGACAAGAUAGACAGGGUAGUGACCUACGAUGACGAGAUGUCUUUCCGGCUAAAGUUGUGCAAGGGCAAGAUGCUGAUAUUCAAGGAGAAGUACGGCAUCGCCGCCUACGACGCCGACUUGGACGACCCGCACAACGUCUGCGGAAAGGGCGCGUACUCGCGCCUGCGUUUCCUCAAGAGACUGCUGCACUUCUUCAACGAGAAGUUCCUCGAGGAGAGCGACUACGACGAGUGCUUGAAGCUGCAGUAGCAGCGUCGGCCCGGACUCGUAUUCUAUGAAUUCGCAGAGACGGACGCGUAGCCCGUCGCCUGUGUUAAUUGUGACUGUCCGAGAAUCUUCGCAGCGUUAUGACACUGUCUUGUUAUACUACGCGCAAAAAAAAAAAGAGUGACUGUGUCAUAUUAAACGAA